CACGGACGGCAAUACUUGGCACACUGCCAAGAGACUACACCAAGUGAUAGCCCUGCAGCGCGUGUCUCGUCCAUUGUAACAGCUCUGUAACUUCGUCGCUCACUAUCUUCGGCCACGAACCGCACAGACUACAACUUGUUUACACCGCGCGAUGCCACCGUCCGCUCCGAGUCGGCUUCCGCUGGAGCUUUUGGGCGUGAUACUUGAACAGCUGGCGACACACGCUCAUGCUCAGGAUCUGGAAGAUGGUGACAUCAGUCUCGAAGACAGUCGCAUUGCGCGUACGGCUCUCGCUAGGUGUGCACGGGCGUCCCGUAGCUUCCACGAGCAAGCGAUCAGGAUUCUCUGGAGGGAACAGCAGAUGGGCCACGCCUGCGACGCUGUCCUGUCGAACUUUGAUUUCGGCUCUGUCAAGUGGCCUGAGCAGGACGAAGGCACCUGGGGAGGAGGACCAGAGUCCGAUGAUGAGGCGAACGAUGAUAUGGCGGUGGGGAUCGAUCCCUAUGACUAUCCAUUUACCUAUAAAUACGUCUCAGGGCCCAUCACCACGGAGGAAUGGUCGCGCUUCGAGUACUAUGCCCAGUUCGUCCGUGUGCUCCGCUACUUGAACGAGGAGACGAUCGACCCCUCUGUCUUCUUUUACCUCCAGCAGCAUGCCCGUGGCAAGCCGCUUUUCCUCAAUCUGCGCGAGCUCGUAUGGGAACACGCCACGCCUGAGGUAGCGUCCGUCAUCACGCCGACCAUCAGCAUCCUUCGUCUCCCUGAAGACCAUGGCGAAGAGGAGAACGGCUCUCAGUUGCGCGAGUUUGGGUACCGCAUGCGACGACACACGUUCAAACAACUUCUCCCCAGCAUCCUCGAGCGUCUUCCAGAACUGGAAGAGCUCGAAUUACGGGCAUUCGGUCAUGAAGCCUUCUGGUUUCCAUUCAUAUCGACACCACAUGGUCGCUUCGUCAUUCAAACGCUCCGCACUCUCCGUAUACGCGAGUCGCGUCGCGCCCUCAUGAGAGUGGCUCUCGCAGCGCUGUCCACGAUUGAGGGACUCGCCGAGCUCAAGAUUGACCUGGAUGAAAGAGGUGGUGUACACGAUCCUGCGGCGGACCAUGACAAGGGCAUGCCUCCUGUCCGUGCGUUUGCAAAUCUGAAGCACCUACAGAUCGAGGGGCGGACGACAGGAGUAGCUGCCGUCUUCGCUGCGAUCGCCGCGCCUGGACUAGAGGUCAUCGAGCUAACUUGCGGGGGCUGGCAAUCGGAUCCAGAAAGAGGACGUAUCCCCAUGGUGGAGAACGCGCUGUCCACGAUCUUCGGCCAACUGCGUCGCCGGAACGCAGCGUCCCUGCAAAAGCUCCACCUUGCCCUGCGUCAGUUCGACGAGCCCCUUUUUCUCGGAGACACAGCGCCUGACACGCCACCUCUCAAUGUUCUUGCAAGUCCAUUGCUCGAGCUCCGUCAUCUCCAGGACCUCCAGAUACACCAGUACGAGCUGACUGUCGGGUACUCGCGUGUCAAUGUCCCUGCCUUAGUGGCGGCUUGGCCCAUGUUACGGAGCCUCGCCUUACCGAACGUCCUCAUCAACCUCGAAUCUCUGCAACUCGUCUCGCGUACGUGCCCUAAGCUCGAAAGCCUGACAGUCAAGACUAUCAUAUGGCACUCGUCCGACAUCGCGGGACUGCUAGACAGCAGUCCCUCCGACCUGGGUCCUGUGAACCGGGGCGCGAACAGGUCUGCGCUUCAAGUGCUACGCAUUUCCCAUCCGUGGACCUUGAAGACCAUGGAACCUGAUACCAUCAGCAGUAUUGCACGCCUCCUGGACUUGCUCUAUCCCGAGCUCAUCCCUGAGCGGUGCUCCGGGAAGAACACCCCUCUUUUCGAAGGUCAGAAAAGCUGGCUCAACAUCAUGGAUGAAGUGGAAAAGUUACAGCUGGCACGACGGAAUGGUGUGUAGAUCGCUUAGCGUGUUGUCAAACUGUCGAGCUAAGCGCGAUAUUUUGAUCCAGCAUGAGUGCUGUUCAGUGCCGCCAUGAGUGUUCGUAGGUAGCUCUUUUUCCUACAUACUACACCAUAGAUAUGUGCUUACCUUGACAACCCGUAGUGUAGAUGCUUCAAUGGACGGCAGAUUUAACUCUGAUGGGGUACAUAUCCUGCAGGACUUCGUUUUC